CCUCGCGUCAAUCUUGGACGAGUCUCCAGUCGAGUAAUUCUACCUAGGGCUCUGCCUACUUCAUUCACAUGGACACGCAGGCAACUAGAGAAGCGAGUCGAGACGGCUCGUCGCGAGGAUGCAGCGACCACAAACGCCUCGGGUCAAAUUCAUGCCGCUUUCGUACAUAAUUCAGCUCCUGUACGCUUUCUAUCCUGUGGACAUUCAUAUCUUCUCUUAACGAUGCUCAUCGACUUCUUGCGCCCCAAAGCUUCAUUGAAAUGGUGGCCGGAUGUUCAGCUCAACAUCUGGACCAAGAUCUCGCUGUGGAUCUUUGGUUCCCCCUUGCUCUUGUAUCUCUUGCUGUGUAGUAUAACCCAAAUUGCAAAUUGGAGAUUCAUGUUGAAAUGUCGUCGUCUUGGCCAUGUGCCCCCCAUGGGCCCAAGUCCGUUUAACCCCCAGAAUCUCGUGCGCUUUCGUAGAGCGAUGAGGGCAAUGAAGGAGCAGAAACGCAUGGAGAUGCUCGCCGAGCGCCUUCAGGACUUUGGCAAUCCAAAGAAUCCGAACACAGUGCUGGGACCGUUGCUGUUCCGCUGGACCAUUGUCACAACGGAUCCGGAAAAUAUAAAGGCGAUAUUGACCACCCAGUUCAAUGAUUACGGCAAGGGCGAGAAGUUUAACCACGAGUUCAGCGCUUUCCUUGGAAACAGCAUAUUCACGACCGACGGCGCUCUCUGGCAAAAUUCACGCAAUUUGCUUAGGCCACAGUUCAUCAAAGACCGCGUUAGCGAUCUGGAAACAUUCGAAACGCAUGUGCAGGUCAUGCUGAAGAUUCUCAAGGAACGCAAGGGAAAACAGAUCGACAUCUCGGAGCUGUUCUUCGCGUACACACUCGACGCUGCUACUGACUUCCUUCUCGGAAAGAGCUCGGACUCUCUUGAGAAGACGGCGAUAGGUGGCCAGGAUGAAUUUGCGAACGCGUUCAAGGAUGUCCAGCACAAGCAAUUACUCAAGAUGAUGCUCGGUCCACUUCAGGCCAUCUUCCCCGUCAAAGGCUAUUACGAAGCCCUUGCAAAGGUGGACGAGUUCAUUAAGCCAUUCAUUGACCUUGCUACACAGCUUCCGCAGGAAGAGCUUGACAGCAAGGCUUCUAGCCGGUAUACCUUUUUGCAUGCGCUUGCGAGACAGACCAAAGACGCCAAGUUCUUGCGUGAUCAAAUCAUGGCCACUCUGCUCGCAGGUAGGGACACGACGGCUUGCACCCUGUCCUGGCUGUUUUACGAGUUGUCGACACAUCCGGCCGUUGUGACGAAAUUGCGAACGGAAAUCGGAAAUCAUGUCGGCUUCGACCGUGAGCCGACAUAUGCAGACCUCAAGAACAUGAAAUAUCUCCAGGCCUGCCUCAAUGAGAUCCUACGUAUCUAUCCCGCCGUACCUGUCAAUGUUCGCGUCGCACUCAAAGACACGACUCUCCCCCAUGGCGGGGGGACCUCCGGCAAUGAACCUAUCGGUAUUCCGAAGGGCACCGAGAUCGCCUACUCUCCACUUGUCAUGCAACGCAGGUCCGACCUGUACCCUCCAGGCCAACCUGCUCCGUCUGACCAGUUCUGUCCGGAACGCUGGGACAAGUGGUUCCCCAAGAGCUGGAACUACAUUCCCUUCAACGGAGGUCCGCGCAUCUGUCUGGGACAAAACUUUGCCCUCACAGAGAUGGGUUACACCACGGUGAGAAUCCUGCAACAGUUCAGUAGGAUCGAGAGUAGACAGCCGGGUGGCGAAGCCCCGAGGAUGGUCACGGAUAUUGUGAUCACGCCUCAUAAUGGCGUUCAAGUUGCUUUUUUUGAAUGAUUGAGAUGCAGUCGCAGUUUGGGAUUGCUUGGGUCAGCAGAUAGUGAAGAGCUAGUGGAAUAACGAAUCUUUC